AUGACAACCAUCCUCUUUGUUCCAGGUGCCUGGAUCACUAUUGCAGCCUAUGAACCAUUUAUGCAAGCGCUGAGAGCAGAGGGUCACGAUGUCAGAUAUGCCGGCUACCCUUCGCUAGACCCAAAGAACCCCUCGACCCAGGAUUGUCAGACAGAUACCCAGGCAAUCGCAGCUGUACUUCGCCCUCUCGUGGAGGAGGGCAAAGAUGUACUACUUGUUCUCCAUUCGUAUGCGGGCAUGCCUGGAGCUGCGGCUGCGGUUGGAUUGAGUCGCUCUCAACGAGCAAAAGAGGGUCAAAGUGGGGGCGUUUUUGGGCUGGUGUUUAUUGGGGCCUUUGUGGUGCCCGAAGGUCUUAGCUGUGCAGGUCUCCAGGGUGGAAAUCUGCCCCCAUGGAUCUUACUCGAUAAGCCAUUGCCUCAUUUGAACAUCGCAGAUGAUCCUGCUGGUAAUUUUGCGGCAGAUAUGGACCCUGAUUCGAUGAAGUCGCUCAUGGCGGAGCUCAGGUCCCACGCAACAUUGGCUUUUACUUCACCCCAACCACAUCCUGCAUGGGCCGAUGAGGAGUUCGAGGGACGGUCUGCCUUCAUUGUUACAGCCAAUGAUCGCGCGGUGCCGAAGGAGGCCCAAUUCGGUAUGAUGGCUGCUACUCAGAAAACAUGGAUCGUCAAGGAAAUCGAAGCUGGUCACUGUUCCCCAUUUUUUAAUAAGAAGCAGGAGACAGUUGCCUUGAUUCAGGAAAUCCUUAAGGAGAUUCCCGGCGCCUAG